AUGCAUCACUUGACUACCAGCCACUGCUCAGUGGCACAGGUGGAGCUGCGGACUGGCCUGGUAUACCUGGUCUCGGCGUACUUCCAGUACAGCGACGACAUACAACCACACAUAAGGCACCUGGAACGGGUACUGGAAGCGCUGAAGGGAAAGCCGGUCAUUAUCGCGGUAGACACCAACACCCACUCAAGCUUGUGGCACAGCAGAGACGAGCAGCUCAGGGGGCGCGGCAGGGCAGCCGAAGAGAGGCGGGAGGCUCUUGAGGCCUUUAUCAUAGCAAAGGGCCUCAUAGUCAACAACUCAGAGGGAGAGCCGGAUACCAUUUGCUCACCGAACGGCGCAUCCAACAUCGACGCAACUCUCAGCACCAGAAGUGUGAAGAUUGGCGACUGGCGGGUUCACGAGGACGUCAGCACAAGCGACCACAGGCUGAUUACCUUUGCGGUGCUAGGGGGUGGCACGCGUCUUGGGGGGGGGCGGAGUGUGGACGAGGAGCCUGCGAGGUUUCGAGACCGCGGUGUGGACUGGGCGGCAUUCAGAUCAGACCUCUCGCUGCGCGUGGGGAGCAUAUCCUUUCAAGCGUCGGCGGAAAAAGUGUGCGGGGCAUUUUCCUCCGCAGUUGUGAGUGUGGCAAUAGUGUCUGGGGCGGAAAAAAUAUAA